UAGCACAACCAGUCAUAGGACAUUUCGGACCGGAUGCAAGCGUGCGUGACAAUUCAAAAUUAAAAGCAAGUGAAUAGGCCGACGGCAGCUAGUCAGAUAAUUGCAUUGCGAAAAGUGAGUCCGAAACGGGAGGCUCAGUAUGUUCUUUCGACGUAUUUUGGAACGCAAAGAUGGCACUAACAGUGUGCCGCUCCCUAUAGCGACCACGGCAACGUCAGCGGCCAAUAGGACUCGCACUCCGAUGAAUGACUACAACUGCGAGGCCAGCGAGAGUGUCACAUACGUGAGUGGUACAACGGGAAGCGAAGUCAAGGACAAGAAUAACAACCAGUCAGCCAGCGUGGGGGCUGGGCUCCUCCCACUAACGAAAAUGCAACGACGAACAGAGGCUCCGAUAGGUGCAGUGCAACUGACACCACUGUGGGAGCAUAUUCUUCGCACUCGCCGCCUGCCGGAAACAAUUUGCCCCAACGCCAUGUAUGCAGAGUUCCACGAACGCUUACAGGAUCCAGAGUGGCAGGUGCGCCAACACGCUCUGCGAGUUCUCGUCGACGUCCUUGUGGUGAUGCAAGACAGGGCCGACAAUCACAUAGAGGAACACCAGCUGAUCGGCCUGCUAGUCGAGAACUUGGGUCACCAGGCGCCCACCGUUCGUAAGGGGGCCCUCGACUGCCUACGAGUCUAUCUUGCUGAAACAGCUAUUCCAGAAUCGGUCGUACUAAAGAUUCUCGACACUGGCUUAACUCCCAUGGAGUCUGACCACGGCCGACUUAGCUGCGGAGUCCUGCUUUCACUCCCCGCAAUACUUCAAUCGAUUUUGCACACCCCCCAACGGCACUUCAUAGUGCAGCAAGCUUUGCAGCGUGUGGUGGAGCACUUGGACCAACUGGCUCAGCAGGAGAUUACGCUGAAGGUUUUGUCCAAAAUGAGAGAGAUUUUAGGAGUCCAUGAAUUUGAAGCUAUUAUGAACGCGGUGUGCGGCCACACCGCCCUGUCCAAGUAUUAUCAGCUGUGUCAGGUAUAUGGAGUUUGUGAAAAGCCAAAUCGCGCAGGAGAAGUCAAAACGGGAGCGUGGCGAGCUCUGCCGAGGGAACAGAGCUGGAGGAGCAGUAGCACCUCUAUCCAUCCGUUGGACUCUUCGCUACAGCUGCAGCAACCAAGCUGUUCUGAUAAAGGAAAGGUCAUUAUGGAGACGGAAAUCAAAAUCAAUGACGACACUGUGACCAUGCGCUUGCUGGAGGCGGAUACCGAGACAGAAGAGUACGACAGUCCAGCUCGAGUAUACUCCAAAGAUAUUGAACCAACAGAGCUUGUUUGCCGAGCACUGAUGGGUAGUGCGAGGUCCCAUCAGGAUCUGAGAGAAGGGGCAGGAAUAGUCCAAGUUAUCAGCGAUUCUGAAUUGGACGAGCAUCCUACUGCCGGAUCUGAAACCAAGUCCGAGCCCAGCACGCCCUCUCGUGGGCUAAAGCGAGUGACCUUUGGUGGAGAGAUAGUGAAAAUGCGUACUCCCGACAGCGACGCGGCUAUUUCCUCAAACAAUUCCAAACGAACAGGUCAGCCCAUUCACGGCCCCGCUAUAAUAACGCUAGAUGACUCCUCGGGGUCUCCUCGGCAUUUUCCGAUAGAGGGUGAACCUGUCGUUAGCAUUCCAAGUGCACUCGGCGAUAGCAAGACAUCGGCACUGGUCGUGGAAAUACCUUAUGAUAAUACCAAACCCCUGCCUCUCCCAUUUAGCUCUCAGUCUGUCCGUCCACAGAGCAACGUGCAAGCCGAUCAGUCAACGGCAAGUCCAAGCUCGUAUAGCUCUCCCAAACAUCAGACGGAAGAAUCGAAAUUGACUCCGCCGCCGCAAUCACCUCUUUCCCGUAGUCGCAGCACGAGUCCAGCUGGAAGCAACAAUAUUAGUCCCAAAGUUCCGCACAAACAGAUCGAAGUGCUUCACAAUCUUCAACGAGAUCCCUCACCGCGAUCUAUGCGCCGCAUCGAGGACAUGACGGAGUCCGUUGCGGUAUCGCCCUCUUCAUCCCCGACUCAAUCCUUAAGAGCACGAACCAGCUCCAUAAUGUCGGCGGAGUCACCAGUCACACCGAAAUCGUGGGAGGACCUGGACAUUGUCAACUACAAAACUCUGAUGGACCUCCGAUCUGGGGACUGGCGACAUCGCUUGCAGGGAUUUUCCCAUCUAGAGCUCGCCCUAAGCUCUUCGGGUAAUUUAGCUAAGGUGCAGCCGUACUUGGACAGCUUGCUGCGAACAUUACUCUCCUCGGAGCGACACUUUGACAUAGCUGAACUCAAACGUGAAUUGCUGGUAAACCUGAUCACACGCCUUCCGCUGGACAACUUGGAGGAGCGCACCCUUCAGAUUCUAACAGGGCUGUGUCGCCAAGGCACAGCUGGGGCGAAUCGAGUCUGCAAGGCACUAAUGCAGCGCCUGCCAGCGGGCACCAUUGUUGCCAAACUAACUGCACCGGAGUUCAUGCAUGCCAAGAGCUCAAAGUUCCGCGAUCAUGCCCUCCAAAUGUCUAUUUUCGCUUUGAUGACCUUUCCUGGCACAUGCUUCGACAUCAACCUGCUGACGGCGCAGACAAUAUACUCCUCGUUAAAUCGCAAGCGACGCGUGCGCCAGGCGGCACUGGAGGUACUUGCCGUCUUGGCUGACAUAUCAUCUGUCAAGCAGGUUCUGGCGAUUGUAUCCGAAAUAGCAUCAGGCGUGGAGCUCGGUCCUCUCAUGCUCGAUGCUACGAGAAUGCGUCUGUCCCGCCUGCAGUUGCCCAUUAUAACGCCGGACAGUUCCGUCUUGUUUAUUUUCAACCAAACUGAAAAGCCCGGCAAUAGGCGCGGUGCAGAUAUUGACUGGAUAAACCAAGGCGACGGCUCAGCCUCACCAAAUGCCAUCAAAAGGCGACGCAUGCGUGCUGCGGGCAGACAGAGGGUCGUCCAGGAAAGCACAGAAGCAAAAGACAGGACAGAGACACUCCACAGCUUUACUCACGUCAAUGAGAGCCUGCAUCGACAUUCCUUCCACUCUCCUCCAGAAACCCUGGACAUAGCUAGCCCCAAUGACUUUUCUCAGAGAUUAAGUUUCGGAGCUAGGACAAUGCAUGGAAAUCUUAUGGACCGUCGCAUGGUGGGCAAAACGUGCUCAGAUACUUCGAUGGAUGGCCGAAGCACUGACAGCACGGCAACCACUUGCAGCAGUGGGAGCACUGGCAGCUUUAUACAGCUAACAUCCCGCACUGGGAGUCAUCUUUCAGGACCCAGCUCAAGAUUUCCCGCCAUGAACCAACAUACGGAUUUUGUGAACAAUUUUAUGCGCAGCAUUCAGAGGUCUACCACGUCCUACACAUUGGAUGGUCAAGCAUACCCAAAAGUCAGCUAUACGAAUCCUACUAAAUCGCACCAGAGCCAGAUGCUGCGCAAGAAGCUGCAGCACCAGCACUCCUUCACGCUUUCGCAGCAAAGCAGUAGGACACGAAACACCGGCCAAGCACAAGAUGGAGAAAUGCUCAAAACUAACGAAAUACACAGGAAACAGCAGCGCAGCUUUUCCAUUGAUAACCUACAAUCACCACAUACGUUGGGAAGAGAGUGCGCCGGCGCCGCAAAACCAGACUCUAUUCUUACCUCUCCCAAUGCAAGCGUUCGCAUUGGAGCAGAUCCGGAAACAGUUCGGUCAUCGACCUUAGGAUCGCAGACGGACAAAGGAACUACGGACGGGUCCCCGCUCUCUGUGAAGUCCACAAGCUACUCACAGAAGUCAACAGCCUCGGCCAAAUCAAGUAACAGCCACUGUGAGAUGGACAGACGACCAAAAAGUCCGGCUCGGAGUGGCGACAGCGUUGAUAAAAAAAUGGAGGUCUUGAGUCUGGAGCGCAACGCGGUCGAGUCCUUUGGAGAGCUCGUAGUGGAUGACAUUGUAUCAAUCAUAGAAGAGGAAACGGAACACCUGCCCCCUGAAGACACACUGAAACGUAACGAGAGUGUCAACAGUCUCCACAGUAAAACAGAAAGUAUCAAAACUCAGCUGGAAGACGUGUCACCGCAACUAUCAAGGGCACAAUCAACAAAGUCGCUGCCCAUUGAAGAAGACAUUGAGGGCAGCAACAGUUUCGUGGUGGUCGAAGAAGUGCAGCAUGAACUGGAGGCGACACCCACUGAGUCUUCGCCUUUAAAGCAACUAGAGGAACCGUUGGCAGCAAACGAAAUGACAACAUCAGCGAAUCGUACAGGCGGUUCCUUUACCUCAAAAUCGAGACCUUUACAUGAUAACUUGGUUAUGCAGCCUCGCAGCAUUUCCCUAGAGUCACUCUAUGGAGUACGCCCUGCCUCGAAGCAAGGCUCUUUGGAUAAUACCAGUACAAGUACUACUGACAAUACUUCGCAAUCAGGCUCGCAAAUGGGGAACAUCACUGUCAGAGGGAAGACUCAACACACGCAGCUUAAGCAAAAGUCAAAGACGUCAUAUUUUUUGCGCGGGCAACGGCGCGUCUCUCCUGUGAAGCAGGCCAUCAAGAUUUCACAGGCGGAGCUAUUCCCCCAAAACAUGUCGCGCUUCGAGAAGCCUCGUGAGGCCCUACACAAGACCUUUGACCAGCUAGACUCCAGCAACUGGGAGAUGAACAUAGUCGGCUUAAAGAGCACGGUUCGUCUGAUUCGCUGCCAUGCCGACUUUCUGGACAGCCACAUGCACAUGACCUGCAUACAACUCACCCGCUCUGUCCGGAAUUUACGCUCUCAGGUGGCACGCGCAUCCUGUCAGGCCGCCGCUGAAUUGUUCAGCUUAAAGUCCAAGUAUCUGGAACAGGAAUGUGAUGAUCUGGUCUGUGCACUAUUGCAUCGAACCGCAGACACAAAUCGCUUCAUACGUGCGGACGCAACUCACGCUCUGGAGUCGAUGGUGGAUCACGCUCAGCCAGUAAAGGUAUUAAAUAUUCUUGCAACCAAGGGUGCACAGCAUCAGAACGCUUUGGUUCGUACUUCAACGUCCAAGCUACUAUUCCGACUGGUCGAGCGACUAGGCAGUGAUCGCAUAUAUGCUAUGGGCCGCGAGAGCCGCGAUAAGUUCUUUGUGGUCGGCGCCAAUCUUCUGCUUGAAGGAAGCUUGGAAACUCGCAGCUAUGCCAAGUCCUUGUUCCGCGCCCUGUCCGAGCACAGCAGUUACCAACGACUCUUGCUGGAAGUUAUACCAUCGCGCACGUAUAGGAAUGUGGAGAAGACGCUAAGAAGUAUAACACGUUAG